AGUACGCGAACCAAGCAGCCAGACGCAGACUGACGUUCCCUUUUGCCGUUUCGCACGAGAAAAUCCCCAUCGGUUCCUUCGUUUCGCGUUGUUCGGUUCAAUUCGUUAGGCAUUUCGUUUAGCCGCGAAACAAUAGCAAAAGUCAUCGGAAGUGUGUGUGUACCUUUUGUUUUUUUGUUUAAUGUGCUAGUUUUUGACGUAUAAUCACCCCGGUGUAUUCUGCUACGGCAACGGCAAGCUUCCGCAUAACAUAGCGACUCCAUCGAUCUCAAACCGAUCUCUCUUCAUCGCUGCAGGAAGAAAAGGGCUUCAGUUUAAAACGUAACCGAAAUCGCCAGCAAAGAUUAGCGGACUGCCGUGCGCACGUGUACGCGUUAUCGGUCGUUUGCAGUACGUGCAUUUGAGUGUUGUUUUGUGCAUGUGUGUAACGUCGUGCUUACUUGGGAAAAAUAUGUGUCUUUGCAAACACGCGGUGAAACGAAAAGGCUUCGGAAACGCAGAUAAAACGACGCCAAGCCAUUAAGCAGAGUAAUCUAAAUAGUUUGAAGCAGCAAAACAAAAAAAAUGGUACCGUCUACUAACAAUUGCUCGCUAUCUUUUUUACCCACAUGGAGGAAGUGUCGUAACGCGUGAGAAUCAAACAAAGUAGCCGAUGAAACAGUAGUGGAAAGCAAAGCGUACUAGAACAAAGUCGACGAACCAACCCAAUCCGAUGCGCUCGUGUGUGUAAGAGUGUCCAUCAUCCUUCCAUUGGUGCUAAUUAGCAAUCGCUCGUUGCUAGCGGUAUGUGCUAUUGCUGCAGUUUUGCUUCACUUUGUUGAAAGUAAAACGAUCUCUGUCACGUGUAGUGUGCGAAGAUUAGUUCCGAGUCCGUAGGAGGAAAAUAUAGUACAAAAAUAUUUAUUUUGUUCAAUCACGAAUAAAUUUGCAUUUCCCCCAAAAAAGAGAGAAAAAACACAAGCGUGGAAAACAGUGUGAUAAAUCUUGAGUGUUAAACGGUCCUUUAAUCAUCCGAUACGCGGGAAAAGCAGCAUUAGAAACGGAUGCGUCGCAAAGAAGAAAAAGAAAACCAUCGUCAUUUGCUAAUCUAUCGAAGGUAGAUGAAGUAGCAGGCUAAACCCUUGGCUGCCACGAACCUCGAACGCCUACAACACAACCGCCAGCAGUAUUGUACUUGGAUAUCAGUACGCACAGUAUCGUCAGGGAUAAAGAUUGCCAUCGUUAUCCCUGAUAGCGUGAAAACGACAAAGCGAAAGUGUGGAAAAGGAAGCGCGAACAAGAGAUCACAGGCCCAAAAGACAGCUAAAUGGAAGUAGCACGAAAAAGAUACAAAUCUAGCCGGGGUCCGGUGUUAAGGUCAAGCGAACGUCGCCGUCCACAGAGUAUAUCGUCAUCCACACCCGCACUACUGCCGCGCGUGGUCCUGAACCGCAUCGAUCCUAGAGACUGUGAGCAGCGUAUUCGCGUAUCGUACAAGGUUGCCAUCCGUAGCACCAGAAGCAGUCGCACAAAUAACACCAGCAGUAGUCACAGUGGCAUGAAUAUGGGCCAAAAAAUCAGUGGCAGCGUCAAAACGGUCAGCCGUGAUCAGCCGUCCCCGUUCAUUCCGAAGAUUCCCCGCGAACUGGCAGCUCACUUCCAGCGUCCAGCACGGCUCGACGUACUGCUCGAUAUGCCGCCGGCGCCGCGGGAAACGCAGCUCAAGUACUCGUGGAACUCGGAGGACCGAUCGCUAAACGUGUUUGUGAAGGAGGACGACAAAAUGACCUUCCACCGACAUCCGGUGGCACAGAGCACAGACUGCAUACGGGGCAAGGUAGGCUUCACCAAGGGCCUGCACGUGUGGGAAGUGACCUGGUCAACACGGCAGCGCGGAACGCACGCGGUGAUCGGUGUGGCUACCGCUGAAGCUCCCCUGCACUCUGUAGGUUAUCAAAGUUUAGUUGGCCUAAACGAGCACAGCUGGGGCUGGGAUCUGGGACGCAACAAACUGUUCCACAACUCCAAGUCCUGUCCGGGCGCCACCUACCCUGCGAUACUGAAAUCGGAGGAAACAUUUCUGGUGCCGGACAAGUUCCUCGUAGCGCUCGACAUGGACGAGGGAACGCUCAGCUUUAUUGUCGACGGCCAGUAUUUGGGUGUGGCGUUCAAGGGAUUGAAGGGACGGAAACUAUACCCGAUCGUGUCAGCCGUCUGGGGGCACUGUGAAAUAACGAUGAAAUACAUUGGCGGAUUAGAUCCCGAACCGCUACCAUUAAUGGAUCUCUGUAGGCGCGUCAUUCGCCAGAGAAUCGGCCGGACGUAUUUAGAGGAACGUAUACCAAACCUAGCCCUGCCGCAGUCGAUGAAAACCUAUCUGUUGUACCGGGAUCGAAGAUAAUAAAACGUCCCACAAGUGGGUGGUAGACACGAUAGGAGAAGGGAAAGGGCCUCGCUGAGCCCCCGAUAAGGACGGAACACCAUCGUCACCUUGGAACACGACAGUAAACAUAAAAUUACUACACCCCUUUACAAACAGUUCAACCGCUCCUUCAAGUGUAACAACACAUACAUCCUGCGGGAUGGCAGUAGCAGCAGGUGUGUCGUCAUAAAUAGUUUGGCUAGCCUGUUGGGUCCCUGUGUUCUUCUCGUUUACUUUCAUCUUCAUCAACCGUCGGGGAUACGCUUCCCAUCACCUCCAGCAUGUGCCAGCAAACCAACCGAUUUGAAUUCGGUGUCGCGAAUUACAAACCAUGUUUGUGUGUUGUGUAUGGUGGUGCAGGUUAUGUGUUAUAGAGCGCAGAAUGUGAGUCGGAACACGAGCUUUUCAGUUGAAUCGAAUCGGGCAUCGAUCGCAAUACGUGAGUGUGGUGUAAAAAUAAUAUCUACACAGAUGAUAAAGAGCAGUGAUAGUAUUCGAAAGCAAGCAUAGUUUUACGAUCAUAACACCGACCAGGGCAGCACGGCUAUUAAGUAUAGAUUAAUAAUUGUGUCCCUGCCCCACGUGGCGAAGAUUAUGAUAGCUACUAUUACAAAUAUUUCAUUGCUAUAAUUAUGGAAAAUUGAGGACAAGGUAAAGCACUACAUUUUACUACUAAACAUACUAAAAGGUGUCAGAUAGCUACACAAACACUCACACCCUCGAGUUAAGAUCACGAGCGUUAAGGAUUGUUUUGCUGGUACGAUCCCUGUAGUAGACCGCAUAGUUUUGAUUUGUUUGACAUCCCUGUACUAUUUGUGAUAAAAAAAGAAAAGAUAGCGUAACAACAUUCAACGAAUUCGUUUGCAAGAUGAUUCGGUGGUAUGAUGGAAUCUCCCGGUACAACGUGGAAAACACUGUUCUGUGGAUCAAUGGUUGAAGCUGCUGUUUAAAAGGGGAGGAACGAUGACCGUAGUAUCCAGGUGUUCCUAGCAGUUGGAAUUACAAUAGCCAUGGGCACCCUCAGCAGAGCGUGGUUAAAAGCAAUAAUUAUAUUGAUAGACAGGCUAGGGCAGGCCAAGAGAGGUGACUAACGAUAUGACGUGGAUGUGGUGACCAUCGCCUUUCGCACAAAACUCUUACCACACCCGGAACAGCACAACCUCUCAUUAUACAAUUACAUUACACAUAGCAACUACACAAACGACCAUUCAGAGAGCAUAGCCUCUUUUUGGGUUUGAAAACAAAUAGUGGCAUAAUUGAUCGACGACAACCGAUGCAAUAAGUUUUCUCAUCUGCUGUGCGUCAUGUGCUUGUCGCCGGUAACACGCUCGCGAAUGAAUGAGCGGGCCUACAGCAAGAUAGAGAGAAAUGAAUACGCAACGUCAGAAAACUGCGAAUUAACGAAUACAGACAUUUAGCGUUACAAACAUGCAGUAUAGGAAACGAAGCAGCAGACCCUAGAAUGGCAUUGAAACUGGAUCUUAUCAGAAUUGACGACAAGAGAAGUGUGAAAUCGUGUAUUAGGAUAUAUACAGAAAUAUAUAUCUUAGGCAGGGUAAACUCUGGCAAAAGCUUUUGUAAGAUAAUCCCAACGAGAAGUCCGAUGAUGAGCAGAAACUGACUAAAAGUGGUUCUACAAACGAUGCUGUCGUUUUUCAUUCAAAAGGAUUGCGCUUCCAAUACCGACUGGACUGGACAAGACAAACUACGACAUCCACAAACCACCACCACCAUGGACCUGUGUGUCAUACGGCGCUGCUCCCCUUUAAUAUUGUCACAUGCGCCCUCUUCCACAAACAAAUAUCUGGUAUUUUGUUCUUAGCCGGUUUGCAGCACAACGGAACCCUAUGCCGUUCCCGGACACCGCUGUCAGCCGGCGUUUCUCAAGUUGUAGACAAUUUUAAUUCUAACCCCUUCUUCGAUGCAUGCUGUGUGCAACAGGAUGUGAUGUACAUGUUUUAGAAAUCUUUUUUGUUUUGUUUUUAGUAUUUGUUCGUAUGCCAAUGAACGCAGACUUAUCGCGUUAUCGUGCCCGAGCAACAUCCGAAUUAUAAUUGCGAUAUUUACUGUUCCUCCUAUUAUCGCUUGCGAUGUUCUGUGCAGCCCAUUUCCCUCUCCUCCUUCAAUGUUUGGAACCAUCCAUCGCCCAUUUUGGGAGAUUGGUUUAAUGAAUGGUCCAUUGCUUUGGGCCAUCAUUAAAAUACACAUCUACACACACAUACCCUUCCUUCCCCCCGCAAAACGGACUAGAAUCAUGGCGGAAAAGAGUAUCGAUAAACUGUGUUCUGUUUUUUAUAAGCUUUUUUUAACGACAAAACAAAAAAAAAUAUGUAAAAUAGUUUUUUUAGUGAAAAGGAUAUUGUAAAACGUGCAUGAGAUAAAAAGUGCGCGAGUGCGACGUGUGAUCAAGCCAGAAUAGAGAGAUAGGAGAACGUACGAACGAGAACAGAGAGUAGCGGUGGUAAAGAACGAAGGACAAAACAUCCUAAAUCCAUAGCAAUGCGAUGACGAACGCCACCGUGAGUGCAUGAUAGGAUGCAGUAGAGAAGAAGUAGGGUGUGCGUGCAGAAUUGCGUGAUUGCGAAUAUUUGUGCGUACGUGUGGGAAGGUUCGGGAUGGAGCGGGGAGAAGAAAUUAUAAUAUUACUGCCUGUGUAUGAAUGGGAACCGAGCGUCUGGAUUCGAUCGAGUGUGAAUGAGCAACGGAGAAAUACACGACUCCGGAAAAGAAACGCAAGCCAGAGGGAUGUGCUGGGAAUGAAUGCGCUAGGAAAAGGCAACGAAUAGACAAGCAAAUAUCCUUCCGCAAACACAUGCGGAUACAAAACGUAUAUAUAAUAUAGAGCAAAAUGUGAGAAAGAUUAAGCAAGAGUUUAGAAGAAAAAACAAAUCACACAGAAGCUUGACAGAAUGAAUGGGUUAGUCGAGAAGAAGUCGAUGUAAGAGUGAAUGAGAAUGAAAAAAGAGAAAGCAUUAUAAGAGCGCGCCCUUCCGUUAGUGUGUGCAUUUAUCGAGUGAAUGACUCCCGAUGAUGAUUCCUCUUGUUUAAUAAAUCUACUGGACUGACAAUGUGAGAUA